UUGGGAUGAAACUCAUUUUGGGAAGAUGGGAAGUUACUACAUUAAUCGGACCUUCUUUUUUGAUGUCCACCCCCCUCUGGGGAAGAUGCUGAUUGGACUUGCUGGCUACCUUAGUGGAUAUGAUGGUACAUUUCCUUUCCAAAAGCCAGGGGACAGAUAUGAGCAUCACAACUACAUGGGAAUGAGAGGGUUCUGCGCAUUCCUGGGCUCCUGCCUGGUUCCCUUUGCCUACCUCACAGUGUUGGAACUGUCAAAGUCACUGCCAGCAGCCUUACUCACAGCUUUCAUCCUUAUUUUUGAUACAGGCUGUAUUACUUUGUCCCAAUAUAUUCUGCUGGAUCCUAUUCUGAUGUUCUUCCUCAUGGGAGCUGUUCUGAGUAUGGUGAAAUGUAACAGCUGUGCAGAUAGGCCCUUUUCUGCCUCCUGGUGGUUCUGGCUGAGUCUGACUGGUGUGAACCUUGCUGGAGCAACAGGGGUAAAGUUUGUUGGCCUUUUUGUAGUCCUAUUGGUUGGCCUAAACACAAUCUAUGACCUGUGGGACUUGCUGGGGAACCUCAGCCUGUCGCUGGUCAUGUUUGGGAAGCAUUUACUGGCUCGUGUGCUCUGCCUCAUCCUGCUCCCACUUGCUCUCUACACGGCUGUGUUUGCUGUUCACUUUACAGUAUUAAAUAAAAGUGGUCCUGGGGAUGGUUUCUUCAGUUCAGCAUUUCAGUCUCAGCUGAUUGGGAACAAUCUUCAUAACGUCUCCGUUCCAGAGCACUUGGCGUAUGGGUCUGUGGUCACAAUGAAGAACCUUCGGAUGGCAGGGGGAUACCUUCACUCCCAUUGGCACCUCUACCCAGAGGGCAUUGGGGCUCGCCAGCAGCAGGUUACUGCAUACUUACAUAAAGAUUUGAAUAACAUGUGGAUUAUAAAGAAACAUGAUUCGGAUGCAGAUCUGUCAGACCCCUCGAGCCCAGUGGAGUUUGUGAGGCAUGGAGAUAUUAUUCGUCUGGAACAUAAAGAAACUUCUAGAAAUCUUCACAGUCACCAGCAUGAAGCUCCCCUGACAAGGAAGCAUUUUCAGGUCACUGGCUAUGGAAUAAAUGGAACAGGAGACUCCAAUGAUUUCUGGCGGAUUGAAGUGGUGGGCAGAAAGUCUGGGAAGCUCAUCAAAGUCCUACGGAGUCAGGUCCGGCUAACCCAUGUGGCCACAGGGUGUAUAUUGGGCUCUUCUGGAAAGACUCUGCCAAAAUGGGGUUGGGAACAAGUGGAAGUCACCUGCACACCGUACCUGAAGGAGACUCCCAAUUCCCUCUGGAACUUUGAAGAUCAUAUUAACCCUAAGUUGCCGAAUAUCAGCCUAGAUGUUUUGAAGCCCUCUUUUGCAGAAAUUCUGCUAGAAUCCCACAUGGUUAUGAUCCGGGGAAACAGCGGCCUCAAACCAAAGGACAAUGAAGUUACAUCAAAACCUUGGCACUGGCCCAUCAACUACCAGGGCCUGCGUUUUUCUGGUGUCAAUGAGACUGAUUAUCGGGUUUAUUUGCUGGGCAACCCGGUGAUUUGGUGGCUAAAUCUGAUCACUAUUGGGUUGUAUCUUCUGAUAGCAGUUUCCAUGGCAGUUGCCCUGAAGAGAGGUGUCCAACUGACAUCUGAACUCAAAGAACUGUCCAGAGUUGUGCUACGUGGUGGAGGGCAGAUCAUGCUGGGCUGGCUCCUUCAUUACCUCCCUUUUUUUAUGAUGGGACGAGUUCUCUACUUUCACCACUACUUCCCUGCCAUGCUUUUUUCCAGCAUGUUGACAG